GAUAAAUAAACCCAUUUAUUGCUUCAAAUGUGGUCAAUUGGCAUAUAAAUUAUUUCUUACAAUAUGCCUCCCUUCGUUACUGUGCUCAAAACAUUUUUUUCCUAUACAAAGGAUCACUUUUUGGAGUGGGUGGAGUAUUUCCUUGAAACAAUAGUAGAAAAGAUAUGUUGGAACUUGACAGGGUCGAGAAAGAACAUAGUAUCACCAGAAAACGAAAAUAGAACGGUGUCUUGGUGUUGAUAAAAAAACAAACAAGUCUUACUUUCACUCACUGAAUUUUCAGGAGGUAUUAUGCCGAAUAAUACAACGCCAAAGAAAGACAUGAUAUAUAAAAAAAUACUUGAAGUGUAGCCAGAAACACCAAAAAAGCAAAUACUCGCCGUCAGAUUUUUCAGUAAAGUAUUUAAUGUCCAUAUUACUUUACUUCAUCUUGUUCUUAUAGGUAAUUUUAUAUAUUUUGAAGAAUUGAUUUAUUAUAGAAACAAGUACAUUCGUUCACAAAAUGCUAAGAUCGAGCGCCCAAUUACUCCCCAAAGUCUCCCUGCUUUUAUCCGGGAAGUUUCAAAUCUUAUCAGAUGGAGAGAUGCAAUUGUGGCACAUUUAUUGCAGUUUUGAAUAAAAUAU